AUGUCUGACGGCGAGGUCGAAGUCGAGGCCGUCCAGGCCUACCCCGUCCUGCCAAAGGAUGUCACUGCUGAGAUCGGCAGCACAAAGCUCUUCAACAAGUGGAGCUACGAGGACGUCGAGAUCCGGGACAUCUCUCUCACGUACGUGUGAUUCUGAAAAGAAAGGCGCGAGCGAUGCGCUGGAGGGGCAGACAUGGAAAUCGUUGGACACGGAAGCUGAUGGGUGGUAUACAGCGAUUACAUUCAGAUCCGGCAGCCCGUCUACAUCUCGCACUCCGCCGGCCGGUACGCCGUCAAGCGCUUCCGCAAGGCGCAAUGCCCCAUCAUCGAGCGCCUCACCAACUCGCUCAUGAUGAACGGCCGUAACAACGGAAAGAAGCUCAUGGCCGUCCGCAUUGUCGCCCACGCCUUCGAGAUUGUGCGUCCCGAUAUAGCCCCACACCCACACACUGAAUAUUGCAGGAAACAGUCAUACUGACCGACCAUCUCCUCACAGAUCCACAUCAUGACCGACCAGAACCCCAUCCAGAUCGCCGUCGACGCCAUUGUCAACUGCGGUCCCCGCGAAGACUCCACCCGUAUCGGCAGCGCAGGUACCGUCCGUCGCCAGGCCGUCGAUGUCUCCCCUCUCCGCCGUGUCAACCAGGCCAUCGCCCUUCUGACCAUCGGAGCCCGUGAGGCUUCUUUCCGCAACAUCAAGAGCAUCGCCGAGUGCUUGGCCGAGGAGCUCAUCAACGCUGCUAAGGGAAGCAGCAACUCGUACGCCAUCAAGAAGAAGGACGAGUUGGAGCGUGUCGCAAAGAGCAACAGAUAG